AUGGAGUUUUCGCGACAAUCGGCGGGAAAAGUUCCCGUUACUCUAGAGGAAUUUUUGGAUCGUCAUGAGCGUUUUCUUCCCAGGACAGUUAAGCUGGUGGAUGGGUUUUGGGGAAGUGAAGAAGACGAAACAUUAGAAGCAGACCAGAUCUUGGUUUUGUAUAAAGUCGAGAGGCUAAAAGUUAUUAUGGCACUUGACGCAUUCCGCCAAGAGAUCUUCUUCCCACGAAAUUCGAGCUUUAAGGUUCACCUUCUUCCACCUGAAUGCAAAAUCUACAACACGGUGCAAAAACUCAUCACUGAUCAAACGCCGCCGUACAUCCUUGUUCUUGAAGACAUUCCGUCGACUGAAAUCGAAUCAGGAAGUAAGAUCAAUAUACUGAGCAAUGGAAGUAGCGUCUCCAACCAUUUAAAGUGUCAAGUUAUCAAAAAUGGCGCGUCCAAAGAAGUUCUACUCUACUCACAUCUUAAGGGGAAGUUUCUACCAUUGUUGGAAGCUACAGAGUAUAGCUUAGACGAGGUUGUCACGCAGAAACAUCUUCCCGUAAGUGUUCGCUUUGUGUCUGGGUCAAUAUCAGCCAAUGACCGGGUCAUCGCGCCAUCGUUGACCAAUCUGGGAAACAUUUGUCUUUCAGACGAGGCGGAAGUUCCCAUGGUCUUUGCAGCUUCAUUUGACGAAACUUUGUCACUGUACGUUUUCCCCAAAACACUGGAAAUUAAUGUCAGCUGUGGAUUUAAAGUCUCAGCGGAAAUCAGCAGAAAGGUCAAGGAAUGCAGGAAAAUCCUCCACACAGGCGUCACUAGUUUGGAAGAAUUCGACGAUUUCGUAGCAAGUUCCUUCUAUUACGCAGCGAGCCCCGUCAGAAAGUUUAGUUUGCAAUCGCCUCAGGAAGCCGCCCUUCCAGUACUUCCUCCAAGGUCUCGGAUUGGUGAAUGUCAACAAAUGACAGAGGUAAAACUGUAUACAAACGUAGUAGAUUUAACACAACACGACCUUUUCCCAGAAGGGUAUGACAAACAAGUAGGUGUAGCAAUUCCAUCUGUGAUUGUUUAUGACGACGGAGAAAGCGGUUCACAAGAAGAUAUUGCCCCACCCUUGCCUCCCAAAUAUGGUGAAAAGACACGCUCGGAGUUCGUAUCACGUGGUGUAACACCGCCGGUAUUACCUCCAGAGCACAAAUCUGAUUGCGAGACUCAUGACUCAGACCUAGCUUACUUAGUGGUCGAUUUACCUACCUGGAAAAGGGACGAGGAUGAGCACGAAGGCGACAGAAGCUCCCUUCUAGAACUAACUGGUAAGCCUGACGAGGGGGAAAGGGUAGACAAGAAACCACCUGUAAGAGAUAAAGGCAACUUUGAAAAGAGCGAGAACAAUUUUGGGGCCUGCGAAAAGGUGAACGUUGAGCAAGAUGACGUCAGAAACGUCUUCCAAGAAGUGACUUUUCAACCUGUUGGAAUGGAAGACUACCUCAUCCCGGCUGAACAGAAACCGUCAGGACAUAAAAUGAACUGGGAAGAUGCUGAUGAUAAUUACUUGAUACCCGUAGAGGCAAGGGGUAGCGCCUUUGAGCAAAAUGACGCUAGAAACGCCUACCUUGAAGUGAUUCAUCAACCUGACAGAACGGAAGAUCUGAAAAGGGAAGGCCAUAUGGUGGACUGGGAAAAAGCUAAUGAUAAUUACUGGAAGUCUGCAAAGGAUGACGUUAUUAAGCAAGGUGGUGCGCGAAAUGUCAACCUAGAAUUGAUUCAUGAACCUGACGAUGUGUAUCUCGUCCCGAGGGAAGAAGAAGAAAGGAAAAAACACCAAAUGGACUGGGAAAAAGCUGAAGAUGACGAUUAUGCAAAUGUUUUAGAUGGUGGUUCCCUCACAUGCCCUCACCUAUUACGAAAAAGCAUGGAAAAUAUUGCAGUCCAGCAUGUUGCAGAGGAAAACGACAGUUCAGACGACGAGCCUUACGAAGAGAUAUUCGUACCCCUGGAGUCUCUGGAGUCUUCGGCGCGUGAAUUUCGACUGGAGAGGACCACAGGAGAGCAAAAGAAAGAAGGGAUGAAAAAGCCAUCCACGAUGUCCAGUAGCAACAACAAAGACAAUAGCAAAACCAGAGGAACGAGCGGAAAGGAAGAGGUUGCAGCGGCACCUUCCAGUAACAACAACAACAUUUGGAUCUCCACUCGCCGCGAAGAGGACUGCAUUGAUUUGAAUGACAUUGAACAGUUUUUUAAACUUAGAAAACAGUUGAACGACUUGAGUGUGCGAGCAAAAGAUCUUGAACAGGUCUGUGCAAAAGAAGAGCCGAUGGAAAGAAGAAGAUUACCUAAGAAAACUGAUAACACAACUCCAUGGUUUAGCUCCGAUAGGUCACACGACUUGGACAACGACUCGGAAGAAGCCAUGAAAGAGAGGCUGGCAAAGAAAAAAACAGAUGCUGUCCCCGAAAGGGCGAAGCCAGCAGAUCAAAAGCGCCAAGUGAGGAAACCUUAUGGACCAGAGCAUGUCUGCAAUGAUGGGAAUGGUGACAUUUACGAAGAAUGCAUCGACAGAAAAUUCGUCAGCCACCACAAAACAUCAAAUAAAAACAAUUUAGUUUUCUUCUAUGGAAAUGACAGUAAAUAUAAAGAAAAAUCUGGCACAUAGCUGUUGCUGAACCGAGCCGUCAAACCAUGAUGAUGUAGGGACAAGAGCGGGUACUGGUGGUAAAAUACGGCUACUGUAAGCUUCCGCUUAUAAGAUAUGGGCUCAUACAACUUCAUAACAGGGCUUAUAAACAGGGGGAUUAUACCCGGGGAACUUUUGACCACCUAUGACCGGACUGGGGGGAGUGGAGGCUUAUAAGCGGAAGUUUACGGUAUACUAACAUUGAGAGAUAGGUACGUGAAUAUUUCUAUGGACAUAGAUGCGACAGUGUAUCUCCUAGCAACCUAACAACAACACAAAACAGUUUGUUUAAAAUAUCAUGUGCUUUUUUGACAAUGCCGGGAAGAAAAGUCAGUGCGGUUUUACACAUCUAGCCGCUUAGUUUUUCUUUUUUCCGUGAAACGGUUGCAUAAAGCACCUAGGCUGAAACUAAGAUACGAGAUAAGAUAAACUAUUAUUUGCUGCAAUUGUGCGCUAGUUUUAUGAACAAUAAGAAAAAUAUUAGUAAAUAUAUUUUCAAGUCUUUCAUGCUUUUUUAGAAUUUGAAGAAACUUUGAUUUUUAAAAUCGGUGGGAAUGUGUCAAAGAAGAGUCACAGUACCAGAUAUUGUCUGCUUUCCAGAAUUAGUAAGGACUUUUGAUUUGUUUUGUUGUUGUUGUUGCUAUUUAACAAUUAUUCCUCGAGCUCGAAUGGGCUCUGAGUAUACAGCCAAUGAGGCCGAAGGCCGAAAGGGCUAUUGACUCAGAGGCCAUGAGGGUGAGAGGAAUAAUUGUUUUAGUAAAAUCCAGCCAGUUGGUCAAAAAUAUCGAAAAUAAAAAAAAAAUUAGCUGGUUAAAGCUAGACUUUAAUCCUUUUUUGCCGCCAAAAAGCCUGCGUUUUUCGCUACUAGUGGGCUAUAACAUAUAGCCUAGUAGUAGCUCAACCAAUCAGAACGCAGCAUUGAUAAUAGACCAUUAGUUGGAUUUUACUAAAGCCAUAUAUAUAGCCAUGGACAUGCAUGACUAGCAUAUUACGCUGAUAUUAGUAACAUUAUACACUUAAUGUCAGAUCCCGAGGGAAACAGUUAGUUUUGUUUUCCCGAGAGUCCUGAGUCCUUCCGAGACGAAGUGGAGGGAAACAUCAGGACUCCAGGGCAAACAAAAGUAACUAGUUUCCCGAGGGACCUGACAUUAAGUGUUUUGUUAUAUUUCUAGACUUUCAGUUCAACAGCAACAAAAGAAUAAUCGGAGCGAACCCGAAAACAGUCGACUAUAACAACACAAAUUUAAUACUCAAAACCACUGAAAGAAUGAUUUACAAAAGUACUUUCCUUAUGUUAUCUGCAUAUUUUUCCUCCACCAGCUGUUGUUUCUCUUGUAGGAUAACUUUAAAAAUCGUUGCUUUUUAGCUUAAGGCUUCGUGUUUGUGUUCUUGUGUUCAUUCACGAAAAAGAAAACUGGCAGUGUUGGUUUUUCCCGCCUUCUGUCACGCCACUUUCCACCAUUCUUUGAUCGUGCCGUAAUGUAUCCCAAGCAGGCUACAUUGCUUAAUGUACCACGAUCGGGAUACGUUUGAUUUUAGUCAAGGCCACGUGACCAAGAAUCAAGCAAUGGAAGUCCCUGUUUAGUUGAGUGAAAGUCUAGGAAUAUUACAAACAAACUUGAAACGGUUUAAUCAGGAGGUCAGUCUUGUUUAUACCAUAAAAUGUGUGUGAAGUUUAGCACAUAAAGCGAUAAACGUUGUCCAAGGUUGCCCAAAGUUAAGUUCCGUAUCUUAAGCUCAAUUAUAUUUAAUGACCAUGUUUGCAUAAAAUCUACUCAGACUGAUUUAAGAAGACAAGCAAGUUCGACAUGUCUUUGUUAGUACGCACAAAUGGAUCGGUUUGCCCUCAACGAGUCUGUUACAGGACAAUACAUUGAUUUAUCUUAGAAACAAUAAGUUUAGCAUUUUUGCGUCUUGAAGUGAGUUUGUACAUAAAGAGUGGAGCAUAGUGGACAGCCAUUUUCCUGAAAAUGCGAUUAUUACAGAAAAUGGUAUAAGUAAGAGUGUUAUUUUUAGCAAUUAAAGUUGUUACUGUGAAAAAGAGGAUAACUAUAAGUUAACGCCCAAUUCACAAAUUCACACUUGCCAAACCUGUUUAGCUAAUCGGGUUUGACAAUCUGUUAAAGAAAGUUAAUCUUAACUUGUACUUUCGUUUUAGCUGAUUAAAAAACAAAUUAGAAAACAGCUUUUAUGAUGAAAAGUUUGGUUUUACUAAACAGCUUUUUGACAUUUCUUGGUGUGAAUAGGGCGUUGUCAAUAGCCUUUCUAUUAUUUACAAAAGUGAGUUACCUUGGUAACUAGUAAUAACUUCUAGUUUUCUCUGCUGUUUAGCAAUACAUACAGAAUAACAACUGAAUUUAGUGAACAGGUUAAAGGUAUAUUUUUGCGAUGAAAACGGAUGUAAGUUGAAUAUUUUUAAACCUUCUUUGAUACUGAAAAUAUGUUUAACUGCUGAUGAAAUAGGGCUAAUUUCUCGGUAAGUGGAAAUGCUGUUUCCCUACUUGAAGUUUAAUCGCAGUGUCCUCUUUGUACGUAAACCAAAACCACUUAAUGGCAAAAUAACAAAAUGAUUAAAACGUGAUUUUCAUUUCUGUGACGAGCGUAGGACAGGAAAUACAUCCCAGGGAAUACUCCCCUAUGAAAAUGACGUUGGUACUCGUCGUACGCCAUGAGGGUCGUCACGGUACUUAUUCAACGGCCUUUAAGGUUUGUGUGUUGCAAUUAAAUUCUUACAUUUUUCCUCUUGAAUGGGGUUUGCUUUGAGUGUUUGGGCCUUAAAUAAAGUAUCAUUUUUCGCCUAUUUUAUCCUUAUAGAGUCAGGAUUUAGCACCCUGGGCGGCAAUUUAUGGGAAUGUAUUCCCACACACCCACACUUUGCAUGCAUUUACGCAUCACUCGACUUCGUUCAGAAUGAUAAACACUAAACGAAAGGAACCGGCGAGAAACGGAAACGCUCGCUACACAGGCUAUAUCACACAUUCGUCUUUAGUAAUUCCCAAGAAAGAGCUUCAUGCUCAGGAGCAUUUUACAUGACCACUUUACUUAAUAACAGAAAUGGUUAGACAUAUAUUCCCUUCUCACCGCCUGGCCCAUGUAAGGGAAUCCAAGACAUUCUUAGAUUCUGGAUUCCACAAACUGGAUUCUAAAGCCGGGGAUUCCGGAUUCGACAACUCAAAUUGCCUGGUUUCCGGAUUCCACAAGCAAAAUUUUGCCGGGUUCCCUUACCUAGAGAGAAGCCGCUGUUCACUAACACUGCAUGCUUCUGCCUCAUUUAAAUUAUUUUCUUACCGAUGAAUUCAUUUUCAUUAGGAUAAUAGAGCGGUUUUCACUUGACUGUCGAAAGGGAUUGGUUUUGGUUUUGGUUUUGGUUUUACUACGCCCUUUGGUUGGCUAGUGUAUUUACUUUGGUUUUGGUUUUACGACAGUCAAGUGAAAACCGCUCUAUAGCUAACUGAUUCUUAUGGGCCAGUCAAACUAAGAACAUCGGAAAGGUUGCCACAAGGUGAAAAUUUGUUGAACGCAGUUUUGUAACAACAACCCACCUGUCAUCAAUUAGUAGAAAAGCAACAACAAACAUCAAUAGAAAUGCCACCCCAAACUUGUUCAUCCUUGCGGGAAACCUAACGACGCAUUGGGAAAACAUUCAAUUUCUCGCUAUUGCCUUUACUAUUUACCCUACGAUUCAUUAAUACGCCACUUACACAUUUCCCGUAAUGCACCUUAUUUGCCCCCACCCACCCCCCCCAACAAAAACAUUUUUAUAACCUUUAUUUUCAUUUCCCCUGGGUAUUACAGUCGUCCAAAUGCUUACGCAAAAUUUUGAGGAGCAAAUAAGGUGCACUGUGGGAGAUGUGCAAGUGGCGUAUUGAGCUCAAUAUGAGCUCGAAAUGAGAAACAAAUGAAAAAAAAUGUGAUUACGCUGAUUCAUUGUAGACUGAGUAAGGGUUUAACCUCGUUUUCAUCUCUCCUCUUCUUCCCGUCCCAUGGAGCGAGAGAGAUCCUGGAAACGAGGCUGCUAUAUGAUUAUUCCUGGGCAAGUCUACGAUGUCAAAUUGGAUGACAAUGAUGAAGAUAGAUGUGCCUUUGUGAAGUUAAACUGAAUUGUUUAUAUAACUAAUAUGAAUAAACAGCCCUCUCAUGGGGUAAAAGAGUAGGUGAGGACCCUGGGAACGAGGUCAAGUCACACUUUAUGUGUCUUGUUUUACAUGGAGUGGUUUAAAUUGUGUUUCCUUUUCCGCGAAAAUAGAAUCUGCAUCAUGUCUAUGAGCAGAUUCGAAGUGUAAGAUAUCAAAAAGGAAAACUAAACGUUAUUAAAAAGCGAAAAUUAUCAUUUUUAAGUCUGUACGUUUUGCUGACUGGUUUUUGGAAUUUCAAAGAUAUUCAAAAUUCGCACCAAAACCGUUCUAAAAAUAAACUGGUCCGUGAAAACGCCGUGACACAAGCGUAUGGACGCUGCUCGCUCCAGCUUAUGGGCUCCUGGUUUCGUUGGCAUGUUCGUCUGCGGCGAUUGCUUCAAAAAUUUAAUUAUGGUGCAACUGAUACAGUGUACCCACUGGCAUUUGUAUAUUUACGGUUUCGAGAAUCAAAGCUAAUAAGUGAAACGUGACUUUCUACACUAAUGGCCCAAAGGAAUAAGUCCUAUUUUAAAACAAGCCGGUCGUGCUCAUGAAUACUUCAUACAGUGUAGAUAGUUAUUGCGUUACUAUCUCAGCCCGACUAUAGCCUUUUUUUUACUUUUGAUAUUUCUUCAAGUUUUCUGUGUUACUAAAUUUAUAUUCCGCCCGCCUUAACUAACUCUGUAGUCGCAUGGGGGAACAAGAACAUUAUAUAAGCAGGAGCCCAUAAGCGACUGGUAUUAAUUGUAUUCUAAAAAUUGUUGGUGUUUUCGUAGCUUUUGUAGUUGUUGUUUUUGUUAUUCAGUACGCUUAACUUGUAUGGUUUACCCUAUAGUUCCAGGAAGCCUAUAGUUUAUAAGCCCCCGGCUUCUAUAUAGGCUUCCUUGCCUUUACCACAUUUAAUCUUGUAAAUAACUUAGUUGGAAUAUUGUAUAAUAUAUAGAUUUAGCCAGGGCUAAAAGCGAAGCUCCAAUUAAUAAAUUUAUAAUUUAAAUUAAAAAAUAAAUUUUUAAUCCUCAAAUCAUUUAACUUAAGGGCACAUUCAUGUGACUUUUGAGGGAAAGGCUAAGUUAUUUUAGAGUGAAACAUCUUACAUCGAAUUGAUAACCUUAUAUGUACACCCAAAAAAUAGCAAACAUCUUCGAUCACAUUCAAGAUCACAGUAGAUUAGGCCUCGAAAACAAAUUCUUGGAAAACAAAUCACGCCGAAUUUUUUUGCGUUCGACAGGUUUACUUUACAAAUUCUUGCCAACAAAUCUGGGGGUGUUUAAACCAACCUUUUAUAAUUUUUAUACAUCACAUUUGAGGUGAAACAGUACUAUUUAUCAUACAGACCUCGGACAGAAUGCAGUAUUUCACAAUUUUUCAAGACAAAUUGCACUCAGUCAAUAUUCAGGACGAUCAAUCGUAAAGCGAAACCGUUCAAAAAUUUCCAAAAUCACCCAUAUGGCUAGCCGGUUCUCGUUUCUAUAGUGCGAGCUGUCAGUGUGGUCGAGUGUUUGAAUGAACUUUAAUAGAGUUAAGCUUCAACAUAAUAGCGAAUUAAUUUUUUUUUUUUUUGUUAUUUAAUGGUUUCAGUUAUAACGAUGUGUAAUCUUAUAAAGCGUUUGAUACGCGCGACAUUUUUGAGUACUCCUGCAAGCGAUGUUCAUGAACGAUGAAAACAAACGGCACAGACAAGCGAUUAAAAUUGCAAGAGAGACUACUAACAAUCAAAAAAAGAAAUAUAAUUCGGUGAAACAUUUACAGAGAUAACAAUUUUCAUUCAUGAAGACAAGUAUUAAAGUGUCUCUAAAAAUCCUGAGUCUCGGCGUGAAGCUUUAUAAGCCGGCUUCCCGGCGCGGGUGUUUACUGUUUUCCAAGGUGAACUCCUCGAAGCAAGAAAAUCGCUCAAAGUUUUCUUUCUACAGCCAAAUUUAUAACUAAAUAUUCUUCGGAACGUUUUCUAUCUGUGGUGAGCAAAUAUAUCUGAAGGCUUUUUAAAGUUCUGUAAGCUUAUAUCAAACCGUUCAAACCUGAUACUAGGUCAGAUCAUUGACUCAAACUACGGCUACAAACGUGCAUAAACUUGCCGCAUAAACUGUCAGCGUGAAUGUGCAAGACUUCAUGAAAUUAGAUAUAACAAAAACAAACAUCAAAUACAAUAGUUACUCAGGCUUACCAUUCGAGAUUCAGUUCCUGAAAGCUAUCAAGGAAGGCCACAGUUGCUUGAGACUUUUAAACCCUCUUAAGCAUUAAGCAAGGUGAAAAACGAAAACGAUGCCAUCCGAAAUCGAAUUACCAAAUUUUGACAAGCGACGCGUUCCUCAACCAAAAACCCAGUAAACAAACCAGCCAUGAAUAACAGAAGACUCUUGAUAGCAGCUGUAUUUCAUUUUGUACAUCCAGAAGAAAAAGACAGUUAAAAACAUCACAAGUUGACACAAAACUCUUCAGCUUCAGCUGUCAAAGUAAACAAUUUUCAAGAUGCUGCAUAAUUUUUUCGCAUGAACUCACCUGUCAAAUUUUGACCAAUCAGAGUAUAAAAAUUGGACGUAGAGCGUGACCAACGCGUGACCAUGGUAAGAUAAGGUCUUCCCCGCCUGUACUUUUAAAAAAACUGGCUGAAUUUUCGCUUCCGAAGUCAGUUUGAAAUCAAAAUUCUAAUAGUGCGGGGCCAUAGUGACAUAAACACAACAUAUUUGAUAUGAAUCCUUGGAAAAAAUAAACUUGAGCCUGCGAUCAUUUCAAACUGGUAAUUUGUCAGCGGAUAACUUCAAAAAAUACUCGACCUCGAUGGGUCGACACUUGAGCCCGCGCUACGGUCAGGUGAUACUGGUCAGCGGAUGCCCUGUUUUGACAGCUGUCAAUUGAUCACAACAUUGAUGUGAAAUUAGUUUUCUCUUGGGCUCCCAAACUAGCUAAAAUGUGAGAGUAAACAUUGGUUUUCCCGUGGUGCGGACGGACGGUCGGUCGGCGGUCGGUGUACGGUCACGUGAUUACCAAAUUUUCUGGGAUGGGUAGAUUUACUUAGCAAUGGGGCUCCGCCUACGCGCGCGCUUCGCGCGCGCUUGGAGCUCUGCUAUUAUCUUUAAUGUAUUUCUGUGUACUGUUGUUGUAUUUCUGGUUAAUGGCAAAAUAAAAUGAAUGAAUAAUGAAUGAAUAAUGAUGAUUAACCCUUGAAGCCCCAGUAUCCACCUACAACUUCUCCAGACUGGUCUCCAUACAUAUCAUAAAAGAAUUAGUUGAGAGAAUUUGUUUAAAGAUCGAAGUAAGUUCCCUUAAGUGAUCAUAUUGUAAAUUCUCGUGGCCUGUUCUCUUGAUUAUGUAUUGAUAUCGGUGAGAGAGAUUUGAUGUUAGUCACUCUUAGGGCGUUAGGGGUCUUCAAUGGUCAGUUCAAUUUUUGACCUGACAUUAGUGGUAAAUUUUUCGGUCAAUCCUAAGUUUACUGGCGCAAUGAGAACGAAAUGGAGACUUAAACAAAAUACGCAUGGCUAUAUCAUGGAAACCUUUUCACGCCUAUCAGGAUAGCCAAGGGAAUUAAGAAAUCGUGAAGGAAUAAAGGCAUAGACAAUCAAAACCAUGUGGGCAAUAUAUAUAGGAAAUGUUGAAUGCAUAUAUGUAAAAUAGCAGGUUAUUACCUAAAAGCGCUAAUUCGCCGGAAGACGUUGAACAUUAAUCCAAGAACGGUAAGAGAAAAAAGUCAUACAAAGGUAGUAAAACUAAGAGGAGGGCAAUAUGAAGUUAUUUCACACACUUGGUAUUGCCCACUAUGUUUCCACAAGAAUGAUUUUCUUUGAGCCUGUUCACUCAUGCAAGAUGGCUCCAAAUGAUACGUGCAUCUUUUCGUGUUUCAACUGAAGCGACUUUGACUGAUAGAUCCGCAGAAAAGGAAAACUCAACCCAUAUUUAUAUGAAAACAACACUUUCGAAUGUUUUAGUCUGAGCAAUUCGUCGCAGCAUAUUUUUAAUUCCACAAGUCACGGAGGGUACAGAUCACGAUGCAAAGAUAUCCUGCAGAAACGUAUAUAUCAGGCCAAAAGCGCCUCCUAACCUUAAUUAUUAUCCCAAUUGUUGUUUUAGAUCGAGGGAAGAUUGUUUGGCUUAAAUUAGCUACCAGUCAAUACUGUAACUGUGACCUAUAAGUGACCUGUGCAAAAUGUGACCUAUAACAGAAGAUGCUGAACUUUAUUACCAGAAGUGGAGAAGAUGGACAGUGGAGGGAAAUUAAACGAUCCAAGUGACUGACAAACACCUUAAAUAAAAAAACAUACCUUUAAACUUUCAAAGAUUUUCUUCUCGAACUGUUGUGCGUGCUCUGUCUUCUUAGACUAAGAUUAAACAUACGGAUCACGUGUUUAAGCCGCAAACCUGCUUUUUUCUAGAUCAAUUGUGUAAAGUAAACGGGCAAUAUUGGUAUGACGAUACGCCCAGAAGAGCACUGGCUACCCAUUUUUCGUACAAACUUAAUGUUUGUUUACUGCGUCAGGUUUCAAAUAAUAUGAGGGAAUUGGUUAACCCUCACCCCUCCACCAUGCCCACUAAAAUACUUAAACUGAAGAAUUGUGAGUAGCAAUGAGAGCUAUAAUGGAGAUAUUAAACCUACGCGCACGAGCAUAACGGUGCUUUCCUAAUAUUCUAAGGGAUGGCUCAGUUAUUUAACAGAUAAUUUGUCUUCUUGUAGCUGGGCAUUUACGCACUUAAGUUUUAGGUGAUACAAGUUAGGUACCCAAUCUACGGAUCACACUGGAAGCACAAUGCUAAAAUGAGCAAAAAUGAUACGCUAUUGAGGAUCGAGACCCUCAAAAACCACACCUAUCGGGCGGCACAUACCUAAAUAGCCCACAUAUGAGAGUUCCACCUUUAAACAUGAUAUUGUCUUUUUUUUCGUGUCAAUGUACAGUUGUAAGGAUGGAACAUGUAGGCACACCUAUGUUUUUUUUAUGUUUCAAUAAAAAUAAUAAUUGUUUGUAAUAAUUUGUUAUCAAAUCACGCUGAUGACACUUGAUUGACUAUAGUAAUCAUUGCAUUGCAUUAUCAUUGUUAUGAUUUGUUUGUUUGUUUGUUUGUUUUUUUAUGUUAAAGCUUUUGCAAUACUGUAACUACAUAAUUAUAGUCAUGCAAAUAAAGCUUAUGUUGUUGUUGUUUCAGCGACUCUUUGGAAAUCUUAACCAGUCGUCGUCGUCGUCGCAGCCUGCAGUCAACUAUUCAUAAAGUUGAUGCCAGAUCAGUUGACUUCAGAAACGAUGUUUUGCCAGACGUUCAAAAAGGAACGCCAAAUAACAUACGUGUACCAUUUGAUGAAGAAUUAGAAGAUGGGCAGGACAAGUAG